AUGUGUCUAAUGUUAGAAGAACAUUGCGCUAUGUGGAAAGGCAGCAUGAAAGAGUUCCACAAAAUGAUAAAUAUUUGUAGACUUGACCAUUUAGAACGCAAUGUGCUUGGAAAAGAGAAUGAAGGAAUAAGAAAGGAAUGUUUAAAAAGGUGCAGAGGUAACGUGAGAUAUAAUGCUAUGUGUGGACGUUUAAUGCCCUUGAGCAGAAGAAUGAUGACUAAAAGCAUAAGAAUGAAAGUUUUGUUCCAAAUCGUUGGUAAGAAAAAUAUGAUUUUAAGACCUUCCAUGACAGAUUCAGAACGAUUUUAA